UCCAGAGUAAUAAAAGAUAUGGCUGAAAAAAUAGUACUAAUUAGCGGUUGUUCCUCGGGAAUAGGAUUGUCUACAGCUAUUUUGCUAGCCAGUGAUCAAUGUAAGCGUUUCAAAGUUUAUGCAACGAUGCGAAAUCUUGAGAAAAAGAAAGAGCUGGAGGAACGGGGAAAACAUAUCCUUGGAGACACACUCUUCAUUAGGGCUAUGGAUGUGUGUUCGGAUGAUUCCGUUAACGCGAUUGUCCAAGAGCUGGUAUCCGCACAUCAGCGAAUUGAUGUCGUUAUAAACAAUGCAGGAGUUGGCUAUUUUGGUCCACUGGAGGUACAAAGCAUGGAUUCGGUAAGGAGCAUAUUCGAGACCAAUUUUUUUGGAGUGUUGCGUCUCACCAGAGCUGCACUUCCAUGUAUGAAGUCCAACAAGGAGGGUCACAUCAUUUGUGUAUCGAGUAUGGGAGGUAUCAAUGGAGUACCCUUCAAUGGCGUUUAUUGUGCCUCAAAGUUCGCUGUAGAAGGUCUGUGUGAAUCAUUGGCUCCAUUGCUCAAGACCUUUAAUGUGAGAUGUUCUGUGAUUGAACCAGGGCCAGUAUCGACAUCUUUUGUAGCCAAUGCUCAAAUGACUGAAAGUGACACUCACCCUGAGGAAGUAGAUGAUGAAACAAAACAACUUCUCAAUAACUGCAUUAAAAAAAUGCGAGGUGCUUUCUCUACCAUGGUUCAAACUCCAGAUGAGAUUGCCCAAGUGAUCCUGGCAGCACUCGAUGCUGAAAGGCCACAUUUUAGGUAUCAAACUAACAAGAAUUAUGCAUCUUCUGCAGCAAACAAGUUGGUGGAUAUCACAGGUGACAAAUCAAUGGAAACGAUGCACCAGCGUUUCUUCAGUUAGAGUUCAUGGAGAUGUUUUGCCAGAGUUUAAAGGGUAAACCUUUUGCAAAAAGCUAUUGGCAUUAACAUAUAAAUUUGACACUUCAUUGCACAUGCGAUUCAGGCUUCCUUAAUUUCUUAAUAAUUUUAAGUAGCUCUGAAUAAUGUGUGAAGUAUACAGUUAAACAAACCAGUUCUCAAACAAGAAAUGAGGUCUGAAUGAACAGAAGGGAAGAACUCAAAAAACUUAUCCACAAGUAACAUGAACAGGAAAAAAGUUUUAUUAAUUCAAAGUACAAAAUAAUAUAUUAAUUGAUUAUUCAUUAAAAGUGAUAAUUUGUUUUCUUAAAUUCCUCAAUUUCACAAGAAAGUUCAAGGUUGCUCAGUUUUCUUGACACAACAUCUAUACCUAUAUAUUAUAAAGAUCAUUAAAUUUGGAAUGUGGACACUAAAGAAAUCCUUCUAACCACAGACAAUGAACAGAAACUACUAUCAA